AUGGCUACCUCUUAUUAUGAUGCCGCCGUGCCAGAGGUGCAGUUCCCGCUGGACUCGAAGCACAAGUUCUCACCGGAGCCGUCGGCCUUCACCGUCGCUUUCUCGCCCUCGCCGUCACCCGGCGCGCACACGGCCGCGGCUUCGGCCUCGCCUGCCGCCGCACACACACCGUCUGUCGCUGCACGCGCCCCUUCCGCCGCACACACCUCGGUCUACUACGCCAUUGACGACGCAAGCUCGACGUACUCGUCGCUGUACGACGAGGACGUGCCCGACGACUCGCUCUCUGCCGCCUGGGAGCUCGGUCAGUCUGAGGCCGACUACGCCGCAGCUACCCUUGCUGCCGCCAACGACGAGGCUGCGACUGAGGCCGAGGCCGACUACGCCGCCCUCGCCCUCCCGGCCUGGGUCCCGUCGUUUGCCUUUGCUGCCGCUGACGACACCAUCAUUGCGCUCGACCUCUACUCCCGCGCGGCAACCUCGCCGCUCCUGCUCAUGACCGCGGCGCUCGACGGGACGCUCGCCAUGUGGGAUGUUUCAAGCCGCGGCGCACCGCGCCUCCGUGCCGAGUUUGGCCCGCUCGACGGCCUCUCAGCCGCCACCCUCGUCGGCGAUGACAACGCCAUUCUCACCGGCUACGCCGCUGGCGGCGCGCUCUCGCUCUUCGACAUGGAGAUUGGGAGCCUGGUUGCGACGUACGAGCUUUCGCGCGCAGUGGUGGACGCCGUCGGCGCCGAUGCGCCAAUGGCCACCUACGCGCUCGCCACCUCGCAUGUCGGCUUUGCCUCGGCCGGCACUGUUGGUGGCGGGCUGGUUUGGGACUGGCGGGAGGCCAAUCCGGUCGCCGCCAUCGCGCCCGAAGCUGACGGCCUCGCCGGCGCAGAGCCCGCGUGGGACCUCGUCCGGGCCAUCGACCUCUCGCCUGACGGCCGCACCCUUGCCCUUGGCGGCUACCGCGGCGUCCACGUCUACGACCUCCGCAUGCCGCACCUGCCGCUCUUCGAAGCCGCCGCUGCCCACGCCGACUAUGUCGACUGCGUUUCACUCGACACCGCAGGCGGGUAUGUUGUCUCGUCUGGCCGCGACGCCCUUGUCCACGUCUGGUCCCUCCUCGGCGACGAGGUCGACGAGGCCGAACGUGUCGAUACCGACGACGCGGCCUCGCCCGUCAUCCCGCGUACCAUUGCCGACGCUGUACUCCCGGUCGUCGACGGUGCCCUCGCAUCGACCAACUUUGCACUCGACUCGGAGCUUGGUCUCUGCGUUGUGCCGUCGGCCAACGGCUCACUCCUCAUGUACGAUCUCGACGACCCGGACGCCGCCCUCCGCAUGAGCAUGGCGCCGCGCGACAGCGACGACUUUGCCGCCUCUUUCCUCCGCCUCGCUCUCAACACCUCGCCCGACCGCGCCCGCGCCCAUGUCCAGGCCGCAACCUCGGAUGCCGACGGCAACGUUUACCUCUGGCAUUCUCUCGAGUAGCGCCGGCCCGCGCCCGAGCUCACUCGCUCUUGGACGGGCCGGCCGCGCUUGCCUCCAUCGUCUCCUUGAGCGCCCGCAGCAGCGCGCUGUGGUCCGCAAACGAG